CUUUAAAAAAAAAAGCCUUUAAUCGGAGACUUCUAUAUCAGGGUGGAUUUAUGGACGUUUUUCACUAGAAUAGGAUUUAUAAAAAAAUUAUUUCAGUGCAUCUACUUUUUAAAAAUAGAAUUACAGAAUAAAACGAUGAUGUUUAUGUAAGAGGAACGUGUAAACGUACUAUUUUUUAUGACUCAGUCAUAUUCCAUAAGCUGCAGAGGCCAUUGCUGCCGUGUCCACUUGACCCAGUGGAUUUGACAGCAGACAUGGUGGUGAAGGUGAACUCACAUCCAUUUUGAGGAUCUCAGGAGCACAUCAGGAUUUUAUCAUUUGUGAGCUGCAUCUCAUAUGAGAAAAAGAUAUGUUUCUGUGCAGGGCCAGAGCUUGUGGCAGAGGAGGACUGGACCGCUGACCAUAGGGAGGCCAAUAAUAGGAGGAGGUGUUGUCAGUAACUUCAGGAUGUACCACUGGAUUCCAGUCAUGAUUUAUUUAUUUUGCCUUUUACUUAUCAUCUUGGUUUCUUAUUCACUCCAGUUUUUAACAGUUCUUUUAUCCUAAGCGCAAUAUCUUAUUGAGAAUUUUGUUCUCAGGGUUGGCCAAUGAAGUACAUCGACACGUAAAUGUGUAUGUGUAUUUACAAUGACAAUGAGCACAUUUCUGGUUGAAUGGCUGUGGAAAAGGGUGACACAGAUAGUGGUCAGCACUGAAAGUUUCUAAUGUGAGACCAUCAGGGGUCUCAUAAGUACAGUGCCACAAAAGACAAGCAAUGACCUGGGAAUUCCAUUGGGGGUAAACUGCUGUCACAAUAUGGCAUGUAAGUCAGACUGAAGAUCUGGAAAUCAGAACAAGAGCUAAAUAUGUAGUUGACUGAAAAGUAAUUCACAGAACCCCGAAUGUUUCUAUUGCACGUCAAUAUAAUGAUCUGAAAUGACAGUGUUUCCCUGCAGACAACUGUAAUAAAUGAGGUGGAGCUGAGGAUGAAGGAACACCACGGAUGUACUCUUGACACACUGAUGCUUGAGAGAAUGUGUUCACUCAUAACAGGGAGACGGACCAUGCAUUCUGUUUAGACUCCAGUGUGUCUCCUACAUUAAGCAGGCCUAAUGAAGCUACCACUGGUUCUGACUGAUGUGAAGUAUCGUCUUUCUCCUUGGUGACUUCCAGCCCAUAUUUUCUUUACCAUUUUCCUUCAUGAAAAAUGUAGUUAGAUUGCUGUGGUUGAUGGGGUUUUACGGUAGCCAUAGAAGAAAAGCUCUACUUGAAAGCAACAUGAUGUACGACAUUAGUUUAAAGUGGAAAAUAAAAGAGACAAAUCAAGUGAACCCUGUUCUGGAAAUUAGAGUGAUCGCAAUGGUGUUGUUUCAAUUUGUGCGCUCCUUUUAUUCUGAAAUACUUUGUGUGGCACAUCAUUGUGAAUUAAAAUGAUAUAGAAAUUAAGAGUGGCGAGUGAUGAGUUCAACGUGGUACACAGCAGCGCAGUUUAUGAAACAGGCGUGUGGAUCAAUUGUUUUCCGACUUGACUCCGCCACAUCCUGCCAAACACUGCAUACAUUGAAAAGGGGAGAGGGCUGUUUUCAAACGUUGGCCCGUUACGGCCUAGAACGAUCCAAAUACUCGCGGUCAGAAACAGGCUGGGACGCACAAAGAGUGACCUCUACUGUGCGGAGUGGCAGGGUCGCCGGGGACGCUCUCGCGACGCUGCGCUUACACAACUUCCGUCGGCUUGGCUCGCGACUCGAGUCGUCACCGCGGUGAACGGGCGCCAUUCUCCGAUCGUUUCCAAUCAGUGCUCGGGUUUUCCUACCGCAAACGAGCCGACAACAUCGACCGGCAGCGCUUAUUUUGCGAUUGCGCGAGAGGUUCAGGUCGUACUUACGAGCUGGAGCUCGAGGCCCAGUUGGAGCGGCUCCGAAAAAGUUUGUUGUUGUCACGUGACGCGAGACGAAUGUGGCGAUAAAAGUUGGUUUCGAUAGUAUAUCCAGGUGGCGCUACUUUCUGAAGACAAAAUCGUCGUCGUUCUUUACACAAUGCCGCAACCGAAAUGCAGAAAGAUCGCCGUUAUAGGGUACAGGUCCGUAGGCAAAUCCUCAUUAACAAUUCAGUUUGUUGAAGGACAGUUUGUGGACUCUUAUGAUCCAACCAUUGAAAAUACGUUCAACAAAAUGGUCAGCGUCCAUGGACAAGAUUUUAAUCUUCAGUUGGUCGAUACAGCUGGACAAGAUGAGUACUCAAUUUUUCCACAGUCUCACUCAUUGGAUAUUCAUGGUUAUGUCCUUGUCUACUCAGUGACUUCUACGAAAAGUUUUGAAGUCGUUCAGGUUCUUCACGACAAGCUUCUCGACAUGGUGGGGAAAAUUCAAGUUCCAACAGUUCUGGUUGGGAACAAGAAGGAUCUUCAUAUGGAACGAGUUAUCAAACCGGAGGAGGGAAAGAAGCUGGCUGAUUCCUGGGGUGCUGCUUUCAUGGAGUCUUCAGCCAAGGAGAAUGAGACUGCUGUGGAAGUUUUCAAAAGAAUCAUACUGGAAAUGGAGAAGGCAGAUGGUAACGCACCCUCGGAGGAGAAGAAGUGUGCUGUGAUGUAGACGACUCAUCACCGGUGCCGGUAACUUUAUCCACAGAAGACAAAGACACAACUUCACCAGCUUGCCUAUUGCAACCUCACCGACUUCAAACCGCCGUCGAAAUACUCUGAUUUGUGCCUAAUCUGUUGAUGUAUUUUCAUCAACUACCAAUAUGAUGUGUGGAAAAAAACAAUAUAUAUAUAUAUAUCUAUAUAUAUCUAUAAUUUUGUCAGAACAUAUUUUAUUAAACAUUUUUUCUGGUGUUCAGAAAAUGACUUUCUGAAUUAGUGGUUUUCUGAUAUUGAAACAACAUUGGUUUGUCAUUUUAAAUCUUCGGUGAGAGCUUUUGAUAUAAUUUUUUUUUUUAAACCUAUGAAUUGCAACUGGUUAUUUCUGUCGACACUCAAAUAUCACAUUGCUGUAAAUGUGUCCAUGUGUUCCUCUCCCCCAUGAACUUUCUUUUCUGGGUUUAUUCUCCAGUCCAAACGUUCUCUAUGCUGUAUUAAAAGAAACAUCAACUUCUAAUCAGGUAUUGUUCUCAAAUGAACACGUGAGCUGUGUCUUCAUAAUGGAGGGAUAUAUGUGUACAAUGACUCACAUGUGUAGCUCUCUGCUGAGCAGAACAGUCUUCUUUCACUUCUUCCUACAGUUUUGUUUCUCUAACAUCUGUAGCAGGGCGUUCGUGUUGUGGAACCAUCAUAGCUUUAGACUCAGAUAUUUACAGGUGAUGUCAGUUUGUAGGAUCAUAGGAAUGGGUUUGGUGCUCUUGGUUGGUUCUGACUGAAAUGGGUCACGCUUCCUAUCAGUAUUGACAAUGUGCUCAGUGCAUUACUACAAUGCACAUUGCUGUUAUUUUUCAUCCCAUUUGUGAAUUGGGGUCAUAAUUUAGGGCUUAAGAGUAAUUAGAUUUUUUUUUUUUUGUGGUGACAGAUGCUCUGAACCAUUCACCUUUUUUUAUUAUUGGGAUCAUGAAUUUGUGCCUGAAGUGGGCAAUGUUUUAUUAAGUGCUUUGCUGAGAUAGUUGAUUAGAAUUUGGACAGAGGCUGGUGUUGCUGUGUCUUGUGCCUUACAGAUCUUCAAACUCAUCUACAUCUACUUCCCUUCAUGACCAAAGGUUCUUUCUAAGGGGUUUCUUUCUCAGUCCGUUGACUUGAUCUCUUGGUUGAGGGUGACACGGUGCAAACCCAAGUGGAUCAAUGUUGAUUCAGAAAUCUUGCUGUAAACAGUUUUGUAUGUAAAUAAACCUGUUA